CUCAGGGAUUGACUUGCUACCUGGGAAUAAUCUCGUUGACUUGGAAUAUGCAGACGAUAUAGUCCUUCUAGGCGAAGACGCUGACGAAAUGCAGAGUCUUCUAAACACCUUGAGCCGCAAUCUACGAAUGUUUGGCAUGCGAUUCGCUCCCGCCAAAUGCAAGAUGAUGUUACAGGACUGGACUACAUCGACGCCUAGUUUAAAAAUAGGAAGUGAAGUGGUAGAGCACGUUGACCGCUUCACUUAUUUGGGAAGUACCAUCAGCCCCAACGGGCUGAUCUCUGACGAAAUCUCAGCACGAAUACAAGGGGCUCGUUUCGCAUUUGUUAGUUUACGCCGACUCUGGCGUAGACGAGAUGUUCGACUAUCGACCAAAGGGCGGGUGUACUGCUCAUCAGUCCGCUCCGUCCUCCUUUAUGGUUGUGAGACCUGGCCACUGAGAGUGGAAGACAUGAAAAGACUAGCUGUCUUUGAUCAUAGGUGCCUGCGUUCUAUUUCCCGUGUAAAGUGGCAUAAUAAGGUGAGCAACAUGGAGGUUAGGCGUAGAGUUCUAGGUAAACAGGGGAAAUCAAUCGACGAAGUCGUGAAGCUACAAAGACUGAGAUGGUUAGGACAUGUGUUACGUAUGCCAAGUCAUCGCCUCCCUCGACGAGCUAUGUUAGCGGAUAUAGGGUCAGGCUGGAAAAAAGCUAGCGGCGGUCAAACAAAAACUUGGCAUCAGUCAAUGAAAUCCACAACAGUUGGUCUAAGCCACGUAGGAAGGUGUAGACUUCCAGGCUGGGGUCCUCGGGACGGUAAAAAUCUAUGGUUGGAAACAAUUGGUGACAUGGCUCAAAAUCGUUCUCAGUGGCGCAGAUGCAUCCACUCCCUGUGACUUAUGAUCUUCAAUGAAACUGUUUUGUAUUUCUUUAUUACUCCUUUGUCUCACACCUCUGCUCACUGUUUCUAUUAUGCUUUUCUUGUACUUUCUUCUCUUGCUUCGCGUGCUACACGGAAUGUGGCGACUUGAACUUCCGCACAUUUGUGCAAAG